AUGGCGAACAGUUUCUUUGCUACACUUCCUAGUGUCUCUACUGUCAGAACCCAAUCAUACUGAUUCUCUUCUAAUUCUAUUUACUUCUCAUGCCACUAUUCCACUCCUACUUUGCACUCCUUCUUUAGCCUAUUACCCUCUACGCCGGAUCCCAGCGCCUGAUCGAGACUCGGUUGACACGUUGGCUUGGGUUGAAGUCGCGCGCCUCGCGGGCACUCGUCUCUCUUCCUUCUUCAUCCAUCUUCCAUCCUCGAUCUUGCGCUCGUACUCAACCCCUUGAGUCGGGAUCCAGGUCAGUCCUUUUGCAAUGCUUUAUCCAUCUUCCAUCCUCGAUCUUGCGCUCGUACUCAACCCCUUGA